CAUAAAUUUUCCAGCUUCUUUUUUCAUGGGUUUUCUUAUGAUAUGCCUAUGCAGUCAUCUUAUAAAAUCUCAGCCCACCAUUAUUCCCCUUUCGAAAUCGGUUAAAUUCAUUUUGGAAGACUUUGAAGCUAAACCAGACGGUGUCUUCAUCAAGGAAUUCCAACGCAUAUCGCCCGAUGACAAUAUCUAUAAUUGUGUCAUAGGCAAGCAUAUUAAAAAUUUCUACAUUGAUGUCAUAAUAAAUCAAAUCGACAGAGACCGUGAGGUUUACAAACUCAAUAACAUGGAGGGCUGCAUCUUCCUUUCGAAUACCCUCUUUAAUCGUGUCUUCCAUGGCUUUUAUGAAAAUCUGGUGGUUAAUCGCAGUGAUCCCAUGAAAUGUCCCAUCAAAGUGGGUUCGUAUUUGUUUCGCAAUGCCUUCAAUAAGAAUGCCUUGCCCCAAAUUCAUCCCAAAGGGAAUUUCUCCAUUGAUUUGCUUUUGAAAGCGAAUACCUUUGAUGAGGUCAUGCUGAAUUUGAAAUGGUCAUAUCGUUUGGUCAAAGCCUAAAAGAAGGAAUCAAAAUGAGAAAAAAAAACCAAAACAAAAAGGUUUUCAAUGUAUUGUAGUUUUUGUGUAUGUGUACAUGCACGUGUGCCUGUAUUGUUGUAUGUUUGUGUAUUUGUAUUCAAUGGUAAAUAAAGGCUUGUGGAUAAGUAA